UCCAAGAAAAGUAACCAGUACGGCUGGUCCUAGAGAUUGGGUCUUGGAUAGGUGUUUGGUGUUAGAGGGGUGUCUAUUUCACCUCACUUUCCCCUUUACUUUUUGGAUUAUGUUAUUUUUUAAAACAAUUAUAAUCAAAAACUAGCACGCCAUGCAUUCCAUGAGUGGUUAUACCAACAAGUAGGUCCAAAGCAACAUGAAGAACAGGCAACAUUUCAAAAAAGAUAGCAAAGGACUGAAGAAAUAUGGAGGAAUCAGGGAAGAAAACUGUAAAGGAAGCUUCUGAGCAGAAGUGUAGUACCAUUCCUUAGGUAAAAGUUAACGGUUGAAUAGCAAUUGCUGAGUGUGUUGGCACUUAAGUGUGAAAUCACAAGUCACAGUUAACAGCCCUCCAGUGAGAAGGGAAUGGAAUUUUUGGUGGGGGACGGUUGAGGUUGAGGAAGUAUAAGAGGCAGGAAAGCAAGGAGAAAAUCUGCAUGGCAGCCACAGAGGGAGUUUUUUCCUGUUAAUGGACCAGCGAAUCAUGGAGAGAAAUGAGAAAGAGAGGUAGACUGCCUGGGAGAAGACAUGAACAAACACUAUCUCUGGAGGUAGGAAGCAAAGAAAGGAAACAGUGGCAUCUAAUUCGUAGAGUGAAAUGGAUUUGCUUCUUCUUCAAUACCUUUCUUCCCUCAGGAAUGGUAAGAAGCAGUUGCUGCGCACAGCAAUCAGAAAAAGGAAUUGAGGCACCUUGUCGACAUAUAUCAUUUCCAAAGAGAAAUAGGCUUCUCACUCUCCCAUUUCCUACAAACCGUUAAUGGUUUCUUCCUAUCUCCCUGACUUGCUAAGCCAAGAGUGCCCUAAACAAAAUGUGCAUUCGUCAUCAUUUUUCCUAGAUCCAAAGUACGCCUUGGGUAUACCGCGAUGGCAGAGAUCACAGAGGAAGCCUCUUGGGGCAAUUUCUCUGAGGAGGAUGAGCUCAGAGAGGAAAGUCCUAUCGCUGAGGUCUUGGGUGCGAUCCUUCUUCUCAUGUUUCUCCUUGGUACGGCAGGAAAUAUCUACACGCUUGUGGUAGCCUUUGGAGGCACAUCUGUCCGCUCAACAGGUUCUUUGUGUGUGUAUGUGAUCAACCUGGCAUUUGCUGACAUACUCUACCUUUCCACCAUCCCUUUUGUGGUGUGCACCUAUUUUGCCCAGGACUGGUUUUUUGGGGACAUGGGCUGUAGGAUUUUGCUUAGUCUUGACCUGCUUACAAUGCAUGCCAGCAUCUUCACAUUAACUACCAUGAGCUUGGAGCGUUAUUGGGCAGUGACUAGGCCACUGAGGGUCAGGUGGGCCCAAAAUAGCUACCGCAAACUUGCCAUUGUGGUAGUUUGGCUCCUCUCCAUGUUGCUUACAGUUCCUAUGAUGAUCAUGAUCCAGGAAUGGGAAGGAAGAAAUCACAAGCGGAUUUGCUUCCCCACGUGGACACCUGAUGCUUACAAGGUUUAUCUCACGAUUCUCUUCAGUACCAGCAUCCUUGGUCCUGGCUUGGUCCUGGCUGUGGCUUACUCCCAUCUUGCUUGGACCUAUUGGACCUCCAUGAGAAUAAUGCAGCCAACAGUCAUGGGCAGAGCCUUGAAACAGAAGUUGUUCUCCAGGAUCUUCAGCAUCAUUGUUGCCUACUGGGCUUGCUUUGUACCAUUCUGGGCAUGGCAACUUGUCAAACUCUAUUGGUACGAUGAGCUGGAGAUCGGGCCAACUGCUCAGGCAUACCUCAACUUUGGCGUUACUUGCUUGACCUAUGGCAAUAGCUGCAUCAACCCAUUUCUUUACACUCUGCUCACCAGGAAUUACCAGCAAUACAUGGCAGAGCAAAGUGGGGAGAGAAAAGGUGGGGGCUAUAUGCUCUUUAGGAGGAGAAUAUGUGAAAACCCUCAGGUAGAAUGUAUAUCUAUGGCACAAGGAGGAGUGGUUGAAUAAAGAUGACUAAGUCUACCCGCUGAUGAUACUUAUAUGACUCAGUUAGAGCAGGGGUGGAAGCAGUGUAACCAAAUGCGAUUUAUCUUAAAGGUUACUUUGGAUUGAUUUACAGUUUUUUUUUUUCAGUGUUGGGAGAAAAUAGGCAUGAGGCUGCCAUUUGGUGUUUUUGAACCUUUCGAAAUCCCCACCUUCAAAUAUAGGAAGAUCUUGAUGCUUUUGAAGACAUCAGAGACUCCAAGAUGGGACCCCGUGGGUACACUUUCUCCACCCAUCAGAAAGGGUUUGGAAAGUUUGACUAGAACUCUCAGAAUAUCCCAGUUAACAAGGUUGCUAGCUACGUGGUUUGGGGAUUCUGGGAGUUCUAUUAGAAAAAGGUAAUAUUCACUUAGGUAAUCUUCUGAGGCCCCUUCUACACUGUCAUAUAAUGCAGAUUAUUAAACCAGAUAAUCCACAUUAUCAUUUUUGAACUGGAUUAUAUGUCUACACUGCCAUAUAAUCCAGUUCAAAGCAGAUAAUCUGGAUUUUAUGUGGCAGUGUAGAGGAGGCCUGGGACUUUCAAAAGCAGCUAAAUAAGUGGGGUGAUAAGAGAAUUAAUCAGGACUGUCUCUGUCAAACCAAGACAGUUGGAGGAUAUGAAGUUUGUUAUGGAAUGCACAAUCAUUAGGUUUGGGUAUCUAAUUCCACAAACAGCAGAACUUGGGAAAAUGACUUUUGGUAGGGCUGUCAUCAAUGUUUCUUUUCAGCUAUGCAGGAUGAGGCAUUCUGGGAGUUGUAGUCCAAAAUGUAACAUUUCAGAGCUAUACAAUACCAUACCAAAUGGCAGUCUUCUAAAAAAAUUAUAAUGCAAUGGAAAUGAAUUUACCAUGCCCAGAUUUCUGAUCCAGUGCAGAUUUAUGGGAAAAUUCUCCUCAGCAACAUAAUUGUGCAAUUGACCAGCUCGACAAAUAUUCGUUUUGCAUUACUUACAUUAGUGUUUCAAUUAAUGCUGUAGAAUGCUAUUCCUUGUUAAAUAUUUCUCCAUGUUUACAUAAUUUGUGUGAAUUCAUAUUACAAUUUGAAAUGUGACCAUUUACAUUUAUUUAUUAGUUGCCUUUGCAUCCCACUCCCCACCAGGUCAUAGUAAUCAGCUUGUGCUGGCAGUACAAGGCUCUCUCUUCCUCUUGAGUUUACCUUCGUAACAACACUGUGAAUUGGUCCAGGUUGAGAAAGGAUGACUGUCUCAAGACAUCAUGUUGCAGAGAGAGACUCAACCCUGAAUCUGUCAAAUCUUAGCUGAUUUAUACAGCAUGACCCCCAAACCCGUAGUUUAAUUUACUCACUUCUUGCAAAUACAUCCUCUCUAGAUAUUUUCUAGGUCCUCCAGUGCAAAUUUAUGGUAUUCUCAGACUAAAUUCCUUCAUUUCAAUAGGGUUUGUAUUAACUGGGAAUGAAUCCCCCCAUGGACACAGGGGCUGUAUUGUACUUGCUAUUUCGUUCAUAUAAUAACUAAAUAAAUUGUGCACUUGUAAGAGC